AUGACAUCAGAACAGGGUCCAACAACUUCCCUUAUCGACAGGACCAUCAAGAUGAGGAAGGAGACUGAAGCCCGGAAAGUGAUCUUGGCCUGGGCACUCCUUAACGUCUCAAUUGCAGGCAUGAUAUACACUGAAAUGACUGGGAAGCUUCUGGGCUCCUAUUACAACAUCACCUGCUGGCUGGUCUGGUAUAUUGAACUUGCCCUUGCAGUUGUGUUCAGCCUCAACGCCUUGUUUGAUUUCUGGAUGUACUUCAAAUACACAGUGGCACCAACCAGCUUGGUCAUGAGUCCUGGCCAGCAGACCCUGCUGGGGUUACGGAAUGCAGCCAUACAGACAACUCCUCCACGUGAGCUGGCAGCCAACAAAGUCCCAUCUUCAACUCCUUCUCCUCCAAUCCAGGGUCAGAGUGUGCUGAGCUACAGCCCAUCCCGCUCCCCCAGUGCCAGUCCAAAGUUUACUACUGGUUGUAUCACAGGCUACAGCCCUCAACUACAAACCCUAUCCAACAGCCCUUCUUAUGGCAGUGCUGUCACCUAUUCACCAAACAGCAGUUACAAUAAGGUUCCCAGCUUCAGCCCCUCUCCUAGUGGAUCCCCAUACCCCACCAGUAUCGGACCAGUGGAAAGCAGUGGGAUAAGGUCUCGUUACCGCUCCUCACCUGUUCUGUACACCUCUCCUACUGGGAAAGAGGAUUACAUGACAGACCUAAAGUUACUGGACACCUUCCUUCGGAAUGAAGAGGAGAAACAGCAGAGAGUACAGCUAGGAAGUUCAGAUUCCAGCUCUCCUUCCACCAGCCCGACUUUUUGGAACUACAGCCGUUCCAUGGCAGACCAUGCCCAGAUGUUGAGAAAGUUCCAGUAUCAACUGGCUUGCAGGUCCCAGGCUCCCUCAGCUCACAAGGAUGAAGCUGAUCUGAGCUCAAAACAGGCUGCAGAAGAGGUGUGGGCACGGGUGACAAUGAACCGACAGCUCCUUGACCACAUGGACUCUUGGACUGCCAAGUUCAGAAAUUGGAUUAAUGAGACUAUUCUGGUGCCUCUUGUCCAAGAGAUCGAGUCUGUGAGCACCCAGCUGAGAAGAAUGGGCUGUCCAGAGCUGCAGAUCGGAGAAGCCAGCAUCAGCAGCCUGAAGCAGGCAGCGCUCGUUAAGGCCCCACUCAUCCCAACCCUAAACGCUCUUGUGCAGUAUUUGGAUCUGACACCAAACCAGGAGUACUUGGUGGAGAGGAUCAAAGAGCUUUCUCAGGGAGGAUGCAUGAGCUCAUUCCGCUGGAACAGAGGAGGGGAUUUCAAAGGCCGCAAAUGGGACACUGACCUGCCCACUGACUCCUCAAUCAUCAUGCACGUGUUCUGCACCUACCUUGACUCCCGGCUGCCGCCUCACCCCAAGUACCCUGAUGGCAAAACCUUCACUUCCCAGCACUUCCUGCAGACACCAGAUAAACCAGACACUUCAAAUGAAAAUGUGUUUUGCAUCUACCAGAGCAGCAUCAACCCACCCCACUAUGAGCUGAUCUACCAGCGCCACGUCUACAACCUGCCCAAGGGCAGAAACAACAUGUUCCACACUCUGCUUAUGUUCCUGUACAUCAUCAAGACCAAAGAAUCUGGGAUGCUGGGACGUGUCAACCUUGGGCUAUCAGGAGUCAAUGUUCUGUGGAUCUUUGGAGAGUAACACCACCAGUGGGAUUACAGGUCAGAAGAACCAACCAAGCAGCAUUGUUGAGUUUUUGACUUCAACAUGAACUUAGCCUGA